CCGGACUCCCACAGACUCGCGGUGAGGUUACAGUGAGUUUGAGAGUGUUUAAAGUCAGAGAUUAUCUCACUCUCUCAUUAAACUCUCGUCUUCAUUCAUCAUUUUUACGUCCUGGAAGUGCUCGUCUGUCCCCUUCAGCCCUAAUGGCAAUAAAACCAUCUGAUCCCAAAAUGAUCCCGAUCGUUUUCAGACCUCCGCCCCGUUAAGACUCAAGGAUCCCCAAUAAAAAGCAUAAAAGUGAGCCGUCUGGACACUUUCACUGCGCCGUGACCCUCCGCCAUGACCCCUGACCUGCAGAGUGUACGCACAAUGGGAAGCAAUGAAACACCAGGGAUAUGCUAAGGUAGGGGAACUCCCCAAGGUCAAUGACUUUAUAACGGGGGAGAAAAAAAGGGAGAAGGAGGUAAAGAGGUGAGGAGAAAAGAGGAAGAGCUGGUCGUUCUUUAAAAGAAGGACAAGCUUCCCAUCAUCACUCACCGACUCCGACACAUCCUCACAAUAGCCUACUUUCUAUUGUUUUGGCCGAGGCUGCGGCGCUCAAAUCCCCAAAGUAAUUAUGAAAUUUAAUUACUAUUCCUCAGGGAGACGCAUGGAAAUGAGUUCCCAUGAUUCUGUGCUGCCAGGCAGAGAGCAGCGAGCGCAGCGAGUCGACGGAAACACCCGGCGUCGUCACGAACAGCUGAUCCACUCUGUGUCGGGGUUGACAUUGAACAUGUGAUCAAAGCUCGCUGUCACCUGUGACGGCAUCGACGAGUCCUCUCACACUUCAGGUUUGUCAGCCCUGAAAUAGACGCAGAGUCAAACAUGAGCCGGCCUGCAGAUCCCAGAGUCUGGGUAUAGAGUCGGAGUACAUAGAUCACACCUAGACUAACUGAAGUAGAGUUUUAUGACCUGAUAUCAACAGGGGAAAUAGAAAACAACCAGACUGAACUGAAGUCAACAAGCCAUUAAUCCCGCCUGGCAAACGCACAGAUGUGCGGCGAACAACACAAUCCAAUCACGUCUGCUGGCUGGCCGGGGAAUGCGGUCAGAUGCCAUAACAAUAUACGGCAUCAAAGCCGGCGUGGUUGUAAGCUGUAAGGCGUUGAAUAACCCCGCAGAUUAGCGCUGUAAGUCAUGGCAGCCACCCCAGACGUCAUAAAUGUCCCCAGACAGAGAGAGACAGAGUCAGGCCUGGCUGACCCGGCUGACCCCGGGGUGACGGUCUCCGGGUACUCGGAUAUUUGGUCCUCCUGAGCUUUGUCUCUGUGUUGUCAGGUUAAGGUUUAAAGUCCCAUGGUGCAUUUCUGUGAGUCCAACGCCAGAGAGGAGCGGUGUGAAUGUGAGCAGCUGUUAGGAAGGAGCGUGGGGGUGUGGAGGGGGGGUCGGCCCUAUCUUAAGUCCUCUGACCUUAAACAGCGGAGAUGUCCUUGAGUAACACUGAGCUGCAGAAUGGAAAUGAGUCAUUUUGUUGGUUAAUCAUCAUUGAUUAUGUAAAUCUUUGGGGUCCUCAGACAGACUCAGCAGUAAUCCCCAAUAAUAAUAACAACACAGCGACAUGUCCUGUCUGUCUGUGUUUGAUUGAUUGCUUAUUAAUUAUGACAUUUAAAGAUAUCAGACCAGAAUCACUCAUUUCACCAAAGUUUGAAAAGAGUUCUUGACCCUGUCGGCGUCCUCUCUGACCUUGAACGGGACUUUUUGUUUUAUUGCAAUGAAAGAUGAAAAUCUCGACUUCUCUCUUUGUCGGCGUCUAACGUGUCCUCCUCCCCAACACUAGGGGGCGAUAUGGGUCUUUUCAGCGGCGCUGUUUCCGACCCCAUACAACCGUCAACAACAACAGCAGGUCGGUGUCAGACGUCAGAAGUGUCUACAACUGCUGCUGGGCAUUUUGGAGAAACAAGAAGAUGGAGCAUCGUACAGCGUUGUUUUUGUCCGACAUGAUGGACGCGCUACUUUUUCUAAAGAGGAGACCAACGCUACUCCUCUACUCUGGGGGUUUGUUACGGGGUUAUGGGGGCGUGGCGCACACACACAUGCAUUGUCCGAUCAGACUACGACUACGUUGGUUACAUGGUAGAGAAAAUCGAAAUUCCAAUCACAUCAUCUGGGUGUCUUAAUAAGACUAAGGUGUUUACAUGCACUUCAGUUGUCCGGUCUUAAUCGGAAUAAGGCGAUAAUUCGGUUUUCUCGAGUGUCAUGUAAACGGACUGAGUAAUCCCACACCUGGAGAUCCAUCAAUCUGUGAUCGUUUGUUUAGGCCUUAUUUUUAGAGAAGGUCUGUUAUAUCUAAAACCUUUACACUGAUCUCUAUUUUUCUCCUCUGUGUCCUAACGGCAGCUGCUGUCUUCGAACCAACAAAAUCAGGAUGGCGGUCUCCUUUACGGUCUACGACAGAACAGGUGUAGGUCCUGACGGAGGACCACCCUCUGUGAAAAAGACUGGUCCUCAUGGAAGUAUAAGUGGAAUAAGGUUGAGGCAGACGGAGCCGGGUCAGAGUGAGGUGAAGGAAAACGUCGGUACAUGUUCAGACCUUCAGACGGUUACAUGAUCUAUCAUACAGCCGCACACACAGAAGAGCCGCCUCACAUCGCUUUAAUCCCGCCCCCGAGCAUGAGAGACGUGGUUAUGCUCCCAGGCGGCGACUUAUGCUGUGUGCAUCUAAUCAUGUUACAGUCGGCCCUGAGCCGGCGUUCUUGGCACGGUGCUCCUCGCUGAUUUGCAUCUUAGACUCAGCUCACAGAAAACAGCAACCACGCUCUGCACCAAUGAGAAUAACUGAGAAAUAUCGACUCUUCUGAUUGGUUCUUCUUAAAGAAUUUACUCAACAUUUUUAAAAUCCAGUUCUCACACCCACACACACACCGCUCAUGAGAACACACUGUCUGUUUUCUCUCCUUCUGCAUCAGGCUGAUUAUUUAACAGCCAACAUGAUUCAUAAGGAUGUCCAAAAUCUGUUGAUAUGUGGACGUGAUUUAUUAAUCAAUAACUAAAUAAAUGAUCAAUUUCUGUAGUCUGACAUGAAUCAGCUCCACCACAGGUUCUCCUCUCCCUCCAGUCUCAGUCUAUACAGGGUGAAUCUUCAGUACCGUCAGGAUGAGAGUGAACGGCGCAGCUCUGCACAGCAGCGGGUGAAGCUGCAGGACUUUAUGGGUGUUUUUAUUCUUCAGUAUCAAAGUUUAAUCGAGUAAAAACUCGUCUGAACAACAGUCCUGUCCUGGUCUUCCUGUGGCAGUGAUCGUUAAAGGUGGAGUAGGCAGGAAUCUGUUAAAGAAGCAUCUUUUUUGUGGUAUAUAAACAAAAUAUCUUUUAAUAUCAGUCAAUAGUUAUUAGUUAUUGAUGACAUUUGGUAAUACAUCGAUAUCUCUGUGUUCUCUCCUGUCUGUGUCGUCAACAUUUGAACAUUUUUGAGCGGUCCGCUCUUUCUGACUGUAAACAAAGCCGUUCUCCACCUCCUCUAACCUGAUUGGUUGUGAGGCAGACGCUGCUCCCCCGUGUCGUUCAGGAGCCCAAACAAAGUUAGUGUGCUACAAUAUCGGACAGUAGAAACCAACCAGAAAGUUCGGAAAAUUGUCUGAAUCCUCCUUUGGCCACGACUGCCGACACAAGCAAGAAAACAAAGUAAAUACCGGAGACUCUGGAGGAAUAACGGGCGCUUAAAACGGAGGUAGACCGGACAAGAGCUAAAAAGCCGGGUCAACAUAAACCAUGGGGGACGCUUGGGGAUCUUGGUGACCCUGUAACCUUUCUGCUGGACAGGUAAACCGCUUUAACAAAGUAAGACAAGUGUCUGUAACAGAAGUGUUUCUUGUCAAACGGACCUGCUGUAGCGUGUUGUAGCGCCAUCGCUAAACUGUCCUCCCUCGGGUCCUGGACUAUGUCACUUUAUCCUCGUUGUAGAAGUCCUGCAAACAUUGUGUUUGCUGGUAGUCUGUUGGCAUCUACAGUAGCACCAAUGCUUUUGACUUUCACCUUGACUGGGCCCCAUUUGUAAUGAUCUGAAGUAUUUAUCUGCAUUAUAUCUGACUUUAACUGGAACGAUACGAGGGAGCAGGAGCGUCUGUUUGUGGGCGGGGCUUGCUGGAGCAGAGAGGGAGGAGAGAGAGCGAGAGAGAGAGAGAGAGAGAGAGAGAGAGAGAGAGAGAGAGAGAGAGAGAGAGUUUCUCUGUGUUGUCUCUUUAACUCUGUGGCUCUAAAACAGUUGAAGUGUGUUUCUGCUCGAUGAGGUUUCUAUGAGGUGAAUAAAUGUUGGUUCAGUUGAUCUUCAGGACGGCUGCAGCUUUAAGAACUUCUGCUUGUUGGAGUUUGAGAGUCUAAAGUUCACAGAGACGCUCCUCCUCCUGGAUUGUAGACAAACUGGAUCCCCCCCUCCCUCGUCUCUCACAGCUCACUCCACUCUGCACUCUCACUUCCUUGUUCCCUUCCCUUCCUUCCUCCCUCCCCCUCAGAUCUACAGUCUUGGUUGGGUGUAACCUCCGUGUGCUGACUUGAUCCUGCUGACUCACAUGUUGUUGAGAUCAGAGCUCAGACUAGUUUGACUUCUCAGGAAAUAAAACUCAGUCAGUCGUCGUCGACAGCGAGUGUUGAAAUGGCGCAGAAAGGAGUUCAUCUGGACCGUGAGUCUCUCUCUUGUUCCAUCUGUUUGGAUCUUCUGAAGGAUCCGGUGGCUGUUUCCUGUGGACACAGCUUCUGCAUGAGCUGUAUUCAAUCCUACUGGGAUACUGAGGAUGAGAAGAAGAUCUACAGCUGUCCUCAGUGCAGAGAGACCUUCAGACCGAGGCCUGUCCUGAAGAAAAACACCAUGUUAGCAGGUUUAGUGGAGGAAGUGAAGAAGAGUGGACUCCAAGCUGCUCCUGAUGGUUCCUCUGAGGCUGGACCUGAAGAUGUGGCCUGUGAUUUCUGCAGUGGGAGAAAACUGAAAGCUGUCAAGUCCUGUCUUCAAUGUCUGGUUUCUUACUGUCAGAUUCACCUCCAGCCUCAUUUUGAAGUAGCUCCAUUAAAGAAACACAAGCUGGUGGAGCCCUCCAAGAAGCUCCAGGAGAACAUCUGCUCUCGUCAUGAUGAGGUGAUGAAGAUGUUCUGCCGCACUGAUCAGAAGUCCAUCUGUUCUCUCUGCUCUGUGGACCAACACAAAGGUCACGACACAGUCUCAGCUGCAGCAGAAAGGGCUAAGAGGCAGAAAGAUCUGGAGGAGAGUCGAGAAAACAUCCAGCAGAGAAUCCAGGACAGAGAAGAAGAUGUGAAGCUGCUCCAGCAGGAGGUGGAGGCUAUCAACGGCUCUGCUGAUAAAGCUGUGGACCACAGCCAGGAGAUCUUCAUCCAGCUGAUCCGUCUGAUGGAGAAACGCCGCUCUGAUGUGGAGCAGCAGGUCAGAUCCCAGCAGGAACGUGAAGUGAGUCGAGUCAAAGAGCUUCAGGAGAAACUGGAGCAGGAGAUCACUGAGCUGAAGAGGAAAGACGCUGAUCUGCAGAAGCUCUCACUCACAGAGGACCACAACCAGUUUCUGCACAGCUACCCCUCACUGUCAGAACCGGGUCAACCUGCAGACUCAUCCAGGAUCAACAUCCGUCCUCUGAGAUACUUUGAGGAGGUGACAGCAGCUGUGUCAGAGGUCAGAGAGAAACUCCAGGAUCUUCUGACAGAGACGUGGACAAACGUCUCACAGGCAGUGACUGAAGUGGAUGUUUUACUGUCAGAACCACCAGAACCAGCAGAACCAGAGCCAGAACCCAAGACCAGAGCUGGUUUCUUAAGAUAUUCACAAAGAAUCACACUGGAUCCAAACACAGCAAACAGAAAUCUGUUAUUAUCUGAUGGAAACAGAAGAGCAACAAGGACACUAGGACAACUACAGUCUUAUCCUGAUCAUCCAGACAGAUUCACUCGUUGGUUUCAGGUCCUGAGUAGAGAGAGUCUGACUGGACGUUGUUACUGGGAGGUGGACUGGAGCGGGGUCAGGGUUUAUGUAGCAGUCGCAUACAAGACUAUCAGGAGAGACGGAGACUCAUGGGAUUGUUUAUUUGGAUUAAAUGACAAAUCUUGGAGGUUAUUCUGUUCUAAAGACAUUUAUAGAUUUGGUCACAACAAAGUCUUCACUGAUGUCUCAGGUCCUCCGUCCUCCAGAGUAGGAGUGUACCUGGAUCACAGAGCAGGUAUUCUGUCCUUCUACAGCGUCUCUGAAACCAUGACUCUCCUCCACAGAGUCCAGACCACAUUCACUGAACCUCUACAUGCUGGACUGUGGUUCUGGUCUUAUGGAGCCUCUGCUGAGUUUAUAGAAAUGAAAUAAAGAGAAUUUUGAGUCCAUCAGACCAAAAUCAUGGACUGAGAUCCUUGAACUCUUGAAAUGUUCUGGUUUGUAAAUGUUUGUGGAUCAGUCUCACCAAAAACUCUGGGUUUAGUUCUUCAUUUCAGCUUUUUGAUUCUUUUCUAAAGAUGCUGAUUUGGUUGCAGCUUUAAGGACAGUGAUUGUGGAGAACUUUGAUUGUUUGUAUUUCUCAUGUUGAAAAAUCUUCAUCCAGUUUGAUAUCAACAACAUCAAGAUGAUGGUUUGUUCAAAUCACCUUCAGUUGGUGCAGAUGUUGAAGGUCUGAGACUUUAGAAAAAAGUGAGGUCAAAAUCACAGAAAAAGGACGACCUUAUUUCCUG